GCAACCAUGUCCACGACCGCAGAGCCGCAGACACACGGCAUUUCCAGCGGGCAGAAAUGUCCGCCGGGCAAGGGGCUGGAGAGCAUAGCCCCUCUGCUGCAGUCUGUGGAGGAGACCCCUGAUCCCAUCCCCACCACCAUCAAGGGAACCGUCCCAACAUGGAUCAAUGGGAGCUUCUUGAGGAAUGGUCCUGGGAAGUUUGAGUUUGGGAAGGACAGAUACACCCACUGGUUUGACGGCAUGGCCAUGAUGCACCGGUUCCACCUGUGCGAGGGGAACGUCACCUACAGCAGUCGUUUCCUGCAAAGUGACUCGUACGUCCAAAACUCAGAGAAGAACCGCAUCGUGGUGUCGGAGUUCGGGACAUUAGCCAUGCCCGAUCCCUGCAAGAACAUCUUUGCACGCUUCUUUUCACGCUUUUCAGUCCCUAAGUCCACGGAUAACGCCAGUGUGAACUUUGUCAAGUACAAGGGAGACUAUUAUGUCAGCACAGAAACCAACUACAUGAGACGAGUAGAUCCACAGAGCCUGGAGACAAAGGAGAAGGUCGACUGGACUCAAUACAUUGCUGUGAACUCGGCGACAGCUCACCCACACUAUGACCGUGACGGAGCCACGUACAACAUGGGCAAUUCCUACGGAAAAAACGGUUUCUUCUACAACAUCAUCCGUGUUCCUCCUCCUGAGGAGAACGCAGCGAAGGAGGACUCUGCAGAUCUGACUGGAGCCAAAGUGAUCUGCUCCAUCCGUGCAGCUGAACCCAGGAAACCUUCCUAUUAUCACAGCUUUGUCAUGUCGGAGAACUACAUCGUGUUCAUUGAGCAGCCGAUCAAGCUGGACCUGCUGAAGUUCAUGCUGUACCGAAUCCAAGGAAAGAGCUUUCAUAAAGUCAUGACCUGGGAGCCUCAGUACGAAACCAUCUUCCACCUGGUCAACAGGCACACUGGCGAGGAGAGUGAGGUGAGGUACCGGGCAGCCCCCAUGUUCACACUGCAUCAGAUCAAUGCCUUUGAAGACAACGGGAUGUUGGUGAUGGACAUGUGCUGCGGGGACGAUGGUAAGGUCAUCGCAGACUUCACACUGGAGAACCUCAGGAGAGGCGCUGGAGAGGAAAUGGACAAGUUCUACAACUCGUUGUGCAGAAACCUCCCGAGGAGAUAUGUCCUACCCCUGACUGUGGACGAGGAAACUCCUUUGGAUCAAAACCUUGUCACUGGGUACAAAGCCACAGCAAAGAAAACAAAAGCAAAAGAGGUUUACAUGACCCACGAGGAACUUUACGAUGAUGAGCUGCUGCAGUACGGGGGCCUCGAGUUCCCUCAGAUCAACUACGACCAGUACAACGGAAAACCCUACCGCUACUUCUACUCCUGCGGCUUCGGACACUGCUUCAGUGACUCCCUGCUCAAAAUGGAUGUCCACACCAAGGAGCUUAAGGUGUGGCGUUAUCCUGGCUUGUACCCGUCUGAGCCUGUCUUUGUUGCAUCGCCCAAAGCUACUGAGGAAGAUGAUGGAGUAGUCUUGUCUGUCAUCAUUACACCCAGAGAAGAGAAAAGCACUUUCCUGCUCAUUCUGGAUGCCAAGACCUUCACUGAGCUGGGCAGAGCAGAGGUCCCCGUCAAUAUCCCGUACGGGACCCACGGCGUGUUUAACCUCAAGGGCUAGACGUACCACCGUUUGCAGCUCUGUGGAAAAUGAAAUCUAUUUAUCCACAGAGCAGUCAUCAAAAUCAAUAUGGUGUGUGCCAUUGAUGGUAAAAUUCCUGAACUGUAAAAGAAAUAAGAACAGAAAUAAGAACUGCAAGGAAAUGCUGACUCAUGCUAUUUGUUUGUGCCUCCUCGAUAAGAACAGGUACAUGUCCUCGCUGUGUACUUCCAUUACAGUCAGAUAGAUAGCGAUCUUUUGGAGACUAACAACACAGAAAGCCCAGCAUGGCAUCAGCACACUGAUAAAAUGUGUCCUCUAAGUGUUUUUACAGUAUGUGCUCUUGUAAGAUUUUGUAACAGCCUUUAGACGAUGUCUAGAGCCCCUGGCCGAUAGCGCUUAUUUUGAAGGACUGCUCCUUGAAUCAUCUUGAAAAACCAUAAAACAAAACAUAAGUCAAUACUUACAUUGAAAUAAAACCCAUUUCCCCCUUUUCUCUGUAUAAACCCAAAGUGUUUUUGCAUCAUCACGCCACUGGAAACGCUAUACUCCCACUGAGAACAGUGCAGCACUUAGGAUACAUAAAAAUGCAUCAGAGGAAAUUCAAUUUCUGUCAAAGUAAUGUGAUAGAAAUGGACAAGGUCUGAAAUGCCUGGAAAACAAAUGGAUCUAACUGGUCGAUAGCCUCCAGAGAGUCUAGCGGAGGUCAUAUCAGAAAUGGAGCGCUUUUUAUACGCUCAAAACAACCCAAAACAAAGUUGACACACACAUAAACACUGACAUGUAGGACCUUGUGUGAGAUCAGUUUGUUGUUGCAUUGUAUUAAACUGUGAGCCAAAGGAACAAUGCAGAGUGAAGGGAACCGGCCGCACAGAGAUGAAGAAGUAGCCUAGCUGCACCUGUCACUCCACCGUAUCCGCAGCCAUCAGUUAUAUUUCCCCUCACUUUGAUUUAAAUAGAUUGAUUUUAAAUGACUUAUGGCUUUGCACCUGAUACAGGCACUAAUGGCUGUGUGAAAGCAGAGAGGUUUCACAUAUAUUAUGUGACCCAUAUAAUUUUUGUCUUUCCCAAUAUUUCAAAAAAACACUUUCAGUUAAGAGUUACAGUUUUAAAGAUAUUUUGCAACCUAUCCGUAAAUAAUUCAGGACGGUACAGUGCACACACACAGAUAUUUCAUUUUUUGCUUCUCCUUUUACAGUGAACUCAAUAAAAAACAG